CGAGGGGCACCCCGACUACCCCCUUGGCGGCGCGCGGCGCGGCGCGGGGCACCCCUAGCUCUUGGCCCUAUGCGGCUGGCGGCGAGCGCUCCCUGCGUGUCCGCGGCGUGACGGCGCCGUGACGCCGGCGUGGUUCCCACGCGUGCCUGUUUGGAUUAACGCACGAUAACACCAUGAGCAGCAGCGCGGUCAACUAUCAGCAGGUCGCCACCAUGGACGGCGACGGCCAGAGGAGGUGCGGAUGCAAGCGUCGACAGAGAGUCAGCGGGUCCAGCGUGGCGGCGAACAGUGACCGAUGACGCGAAGGUGUAGAAGGACCGCGCGGUGGUGAAGUCCCCCCUAGCGGCCUAGUCCCCCCGAGGGCCCCGAGGGCCCCGACGACGACACCAUGUCGGCCACCAAGCCCCUCACCACCUCCCGCAGCCAGCCCAUCAUGCCUCGCUUCCGGAAAGUCAGCCGGACGGAGAGCGAGUGCUCGUGCGGCGAGGAGAACACCCGGCUGACGAGGGACGGCCGGGACUUCGCCGACGGCGACCCCACCUCCCCCGGCGAGGACGACCUGUCGCUAUGCGACUACCACGACCUCCCGCCGCCGCCCGACGGCGGCUACGGCUGGGUCGUCGUGUUCGCCUCCUUCAUGUGCAACAUGAUCGUGGACGGCAUCGCCUACACGUUCGGCAUCUUCCUGCAGAAGUUCGCCGACCACUUCCACGAGAGCCCCGGCACGGUGUCGUGGGUCGGCUCCUUGCUGUCGGGGGUCUACCUCAGCGCGGGACCAAUCGUGAGCGCGCUCACCAACAAAUACGGGUGCCGCGCGGUGUGCAUAGCGGGCAGCAUCAUCGGCUGCGCCGCCUUCGUCCUCAGUACCUUCUCCCCGAACAUUAAAGUCCUCAUGCUCACGUACGGCGUCAUGGGAGGACUCGGUUUCGGCCUCAUCUACCUGCCCGCCGUGGUGUGCGUCGGCUACUACUUCGAGACGAAGCGGUCGCUGGCCACGGGCAUCGCGGUCUGCGGCUCUGGCGUCGGCACCUUCGCCUUCGCGCCGCUCGCCGACAAGCUCCUGGACAUGUACGGCUGGCAGGGCGCCAACCUCAUCCUCGCGGGGCUCAUCCUCAAGUGCGCGGUGUUCGGCGCGCUGAUGCGGCCCCUGGAGUUCCCCAAGGGCCCCGGCGUGAAGCCGCUGCUGCAGCGAAUGGCCGAGGAGAAGCGCUUCCAGAUGGAGCGCGGCUCCAUCGGCGGCUCCUACUUCGUGGUGCAGCUGCCCGACGGCUCCAUGGAGAAGCGCCUCAAGAUGCCCAUCAACAUCGACCCCGGCGUGCACUCGUCCUUCAACCUGGACCAGCUGGUGCCCGGCACCCCGGUCAACCCGCUGCCCACCGUGCCCACCCUGCCCACCAUCACCGAGGCUAAGGUCCAGGAAGCCAAAGACGGAGCCAAUGAAAUGCGGCCGCCCGACGUCCCCCGAGGCAGGAAGAAGAGUCGUGUCGAGGACCUCAAGGAGGAAGACGAAAUGCUGCGGAGGGACCUGAUCAAGCAGGAGCGAGAGCAUGACAGAAGAGUGUCGACCCCCGAGGCGCCCAACCCAGCCGGCCUGCAGCAGUCCGAGACGGCCGUGCCGCCCAGGGGCAUCAUCCCCAGGAACGCGUCGCAGCCCGCCUUCUCCACGCACGUACAGGGGCUGCCCAAGAACGGGUCGGUGCCGUUCUUCGACCGGAUCCGGAAGACGUCGACGGGCGAGCGGUUCAGGCCCACGCUGGCCGCCAUCAACAACUCCCGGCCGAACAUGACCUCGAACGGUGAUGUACGCAAGUCGCUCCACCUCCGCCUGUCCAAGUCCUCGCUUGCGGGUCGCGCUAACAACAAUGCGGAGGACAUGUGGUCCAAGACUGAUGUGGACACCGAGACCUGCUACACCGGCAGCAAGCUCAGCAUCCCCGGGGGCGCGUUGCGCGCUCGCAGGGAGCUCAUCCGACCCAUGUCCAGGAAGGACAUCUUCUACUCGGGCUCCGUCACCAACCUGCCCGAGUACCAGAGCCAGAAGUCGCUGGCCGGGUACCGCCAGAGCGUCCUCUCCCUGUCCAUGUACGGCCAGGGAGGCACUGGGGCCGUGGACGAGAAGCCUCCUCCCGACCUCUGCCCGUGCCUCGCCCUGCCCGAUUCCAUGAAGCACGCCCUGGCCACCAUGAUGGACGUCUCGCUGCUCAAGGACCCCGUCUUCAUGAUGAUCGCCAUCAGCAACGUGUUCGGCAUGGCGGGGCUCUACGUACCCUUCGUGUACCUCGUCGAAGUCGCCAAAAAAGCGAACGUCGGCGACAACAACGCGUCCAUGCUGCUGUCGUGGAUCGGCAUCGUCAACACGGUGGGCCGCGUGCUCUGCGGCUACGUGGCCGACUUCCCCCAGGUCAACACGCUGCUCAUGAACAACGUGUGCCUCGUCAUGGCCACGCUGUCCGUGGCCGCGGUGCCGUUCUGCGAGUCGUACUUCAGCUUCAUCCUCGUCGCCAUCUUCUUCGGCAUCUCCAUCUCGGGCUACAUCUCGCUCACGUCCAUCAUCCUGGUGGACCUGCUGGGCCUGGACAAGCUGACCAACGCCUUCGGCCUGCUCAUCCUGUUCCGCGGCGUGGCGGCCACCGUGGGGUCGCCGCUGGCCGGCAUGGUGUACGACGCCACCGGCACCUACGACAUCCCCUUCUACAUGGCGGCCGGGCUGUUCGCCGUGUCCACCGUCACGUCCUUCUUGGCGGGGCCGCUGAAGCAGUGGACGGCGAGCGAGGAGCUGCCGCCGCAGCUGGACGCGCUCACGCCCAUCGACGAGGACGAGGAGGAGGAGGAAGAGGAGGAGCAGGAGGGCAUCCAGAUCACCAUUCCAGAGAUCCGCGAGACGGCGCCGUCGCCUCGCACGCCCAACCCGCCCAAGGAGAUCAAACAGAUCGAGUCCGUGCUGUGAGCUCGAGACAGAGCCACAGAGCCUAGGGGAUGAUACCUCGGCGCGAAGGCCGCCGCCGCCGCCCCGGGGUCCGGCGCGCUGAGCACUGAGCGCGCAGCAGGCGGAGCAGGCCCCGGGUGCGAAGGGGCGCCCGGCGCGAGGAUCAACGCGGUCAUACGCUUAUUCUUCUCUCGUUUCAUUUCUUUUUCGUCUCGGUGAAUGUCUGACGUGGAACCGACGCCUGCACUACACCGUGCGCACUACACCGUGCGCACCGCACCGCGAGUAGCCUCGCCGCCUUGCCGCAUCGUCGCGCAGCAGCGCGCAGCAGGGGGUCUUGGAGGACAGAGUAAAUUCGUGUCGCGAUUUUUGUUCGCGGGCGGGCAGCACUACUGGGGAUUCCCCAAUGGGGAAGCACUAGCCCCCGGGAAGCAGGGCACCGGAUCUGCAUCAUAUAUUUUGUGACAAAUUUCGUGAAUAUAGUCCUUUUUAUUUGUAUAGGAUGGGCCUCUGAUGGCCUCGUGUCCCUGGGGUGUUGCGUAGAGAGAUGCAGAUGCAGUGCCCUGUCCUCUGGGAGAACGGAAAAAGGAGGAAAGAGCAGGGAGUGUCUCGCAGACUUCCUGCGCAAAGACUUCAGUAUUUUCACCAAGAAAUGGAGUUCAGUCAGGCUUUAAUAGCUAUGAAGAUUAUUUCGAAAUCUGGUUCAUUGUACUCUAUGUUAAUUUUUUUGUGGUCAAAUGUGUAGUGAUACAUUCUCUCUGUGUCGUUGUCUAAUUUAAUUUUCCAAAGAUUCGCCAACAUUCUGUGUCUAUGUUGGCACGGAUUCUUGUGAACAUUGGGGACAAGUAUUCUUUUACGGCUGUGCAGAAGAACUCAACCAUCAUUGCGGAUUGUGUUUAGUGUCAAUUUGUGGAAUCUGGUGGUGUUUUGCCAUAAGUCCAUGUAUUGUUUUUUUUUAAUGUGACAGUGACAAACAUUUUGCCUGUUUAGAUGCUGAGGUAUUAUAAAUACUGACCAUGUUGAAGCCUUUGAGUUUCAUUGUUUUUGUCUCUGGAGAACCUUUACCUAGAAACUGCUAAGAGCUUCGGAGGAUGUUUGCAUAGAAAUGAGAGUGAAGCUGUGGUGUGGGUAUGUGUCAAAGAAUGAUGCCAGAGCCGUUUUCCAGUGCAUUCCUGGUUGCUGGCAGAGUCAUUUUACAUGCCAAGAUCAACCAUGAAUCUAGAGUACAUUUCAUCAUUAUUUCUCUUGGCACAUUUCUUGAUUCCCUUUCUUUCAUUUUUUUUUUUUUCUUGAUAUUGUCCUUAAUGUCUACAUACAGUAGAUUGUAUUUUUGAGCUGAUUUGUGUGUAUAAGUAUGAAGAGCUGCAAAUUAGAAGACUCUAUGAAAACUAUGCAUAACUUAAACAGACUUGUGUAAGUGUACUUCUGUAUCGCAACAUGCAACCGUAAACACCAAUACAAAAAGAUUUCCGCAUGUGGUUGCAGCCACAAGGUGCGGAGAAGUUUCAUGUCUUUCUUUCAAGGCAUGAGAACGAAAUACUACGUUCUUUCAAGUUUCAACCUGAGUUUUAAACUUGAUCUGUUAAAAUAAGCACAACUCCUCUUUUUUUUUCCAUUUUUUUUUCAGUGUAAGUGUGCUAUUUGUCUCCUCAGGAGAUACGGUAUCUGUGAUUGCAGCCCAGAGGCAGCGUGGAGCGAGCAGCCUGUGCCAAGCGCGGCCGUGCCCGGACGCCCCUUACCGUGUAGCGCGCCGAACCCUAUAUUUUUGUAAUGAAAUUGUGUGAUCGAGAGAAUGAGUGUGUGAAUGUCACGAGUGGGGCGGUCGGAGGGCACCGGCCCGGCUUGGGACCGCGCUGCUCAGAGGGUAGGGCAAGGCUUGAUGUUUUUAUUGUGUUCUUUUUUUUUCUCUGAUUUUCUUUUGUACUCACGCCUGCAGCUGCAACCAUGUCAAUAAACAAUUGUGCAUA